AUGUUUGACGGUGACCUGGGGGAGAGUGUGAAGACCACUCCUCGUGAGACGGAGGAGUUUAGGCGGACGGCGGUGAGGAGAAAGUCGAAGGGAAUACCGUGGGAGACUGAAGUGUCUCCUAAACCUGCCCAUCUCCAGAGCCCUGGGGAGAGCCCUGCCAAGGGGCCAGAAGGAGCUCUACUCACAGGGAAGGGAUCAGGACCCCGAGCUAGGGGGCUAACGGUCCACAGCCCAGGAAAGUGUCAUGGGACCAGGCCAAGCCACAGCCAAGUGAAGGGGGUACCAAAAGGGACCCAGAGCCCAGGAAAGGGACUACGUGUCCACAGCCCAGGAAAGCGCUCCAAACUAGGAUCUCAGUCCACAGGGAAGGGAGCAGGAUCCAGGCUGAACCAGCUGAGAAGCCCUGGGGCCAAGAUGAAGAGACAUGGACACAUGGCAGGAUCACCCUGCAGCUUGCCUGACCUCAUUCACCUUGAGGAAAACCAGUCUGUGCUCAGAUCAGCUAACAGCAGCCCAACACAUACCACCACCUCUAUAAGCCUGGACCAGCCUAGAGACCCAGACAGUGGGUCUACCGACAGCUCUCACACAGGACUGGAUGCUCACAGACACAGUCCAGACAGGGCAGUAGUAGUGGCUCAUAGGGAGGGCAGAGCGAGGGAAAUCUCUCCCAUAAAUAUGAAUGGUUUGGACCUGAUGAGGAACGCUGUACUGGUCGAUGGCCAUGUAGGAGACGGAGGGAAGGUGGAUACAGGGCUCAACGUGGACCUGUCCCCCUCUCACAGAACUGAGACUGGGACUGAGGAGGCCAAGCUUCAGGAGAGCUCUACAGAUGAGAAGAAGAUGGAGAGAGGGAGUGAGGAGGUGAGGGUGCAGGACUCCACUGAACAGAAGCUGUAUAAGAUUGCCAACGAGCUUCUGCUCACAGAGAGAGCCUACGUUGCUCGCCUUCACCUGCUAGACCAGGUGUUCUAUGCACGGCUGACUCAGGAAGCCGGUAAAGGCUUGUUCCCUGUAGAUGUGGUGAGGACCAUCUUCUCCAACAUCUCCUCCAUCCACACCUUCCACAGCCAGUUCCUACUGCCAGACCUGGAGACGCACAUGGGCCAAUGGUCUGUGAGCCCUCGUCUGGGUGAUGUCAUGCAGCAGCAUGCUCCCUUCCUCAGGAUGUAUGCUGAGUACGUGAUGAGCUUCGACCACGCCAUGGAGCUGCUUAGAGUCUGGACGGAGAGGUCCGCACCAUUCAGGAACGUCAUACAGGAUAUACAGAGUCAGGAGGUGUGUGGUAGUCUGACCCUGCAGCACCACAUGUUGGAGCCGGUCCAGAGACUACCUCGUUAUGAGAUGCUGCUGAGAGACUACCUCAAGAGACUGCCUGAUGAUGACUCGGACCACAGUCAUGCAGAGAAGUCUCUGCAGGUCAUCUCCAUGGCAGCAACGCACUCCAACAGCGCCAUCCGCCAAUCAGAGAAUCUGAAGAAGCUGCUGGAGAUCUACGAGAUGUUGGGGGGGGAGGAGGAGGACGUGAUGAACCCCUCCAAUGAGUUCAUCCGGGAGGGACGCAUCCUGAUGCUGCCUGCCAGGCACUCCGCCAUGGAGAGAUACCUCUUCCUGUUAAACAACAUGCUGCUGUGCUGCACUCCUCGGUUCAGCCUGGGGGGGCAGCGGUUCACCGUGAGGACACGGAUUGACGUGGAGGGCAUGACAGUGCAGCGCACCACCAACGAACACCAUCCCCACACCUUCCAGGUAUCUGGCAAAGAGAGGACCCUGGAGAGGACCCUGGACCUACAGGCCAGCUCUGAACAAGACGAAGAGGACUGGAUAAAGGCUUUUCAGGACACCAUUGAUGUUUUCCGGCAGAAGAAUGAGACUUUUAAGUCAGCUUCUAAAGAAGUAGAGGUAUCUACGGAGGAGCUGGGUCGGCGUGCCCCUCGAUGGAUCAGGGACAGUGAGGUGACCAUGUGUAUGAAGUGUAGCGAACCCUUCAACGCCCUCACCCGAUGGAGACACCACUGCAGAGCCUGUGGCUGUGUGGUGUGUUGGAGGUGUUCAGACAACAAAGUAACUCUAGAGUACGAUGGCAACAAGGUGAACAGGGUGUGUCUAGACUGCCACGCCGCCCUGAUCCUCCGGGCCAACAGAGAGGAGAGGGGAGAGGGCAAGGAGGGGGGGCAUUCUAGAGGUUCCACACCCCACCGCCCCAUUUCCAUCCCUACCCUUUCCCCAGGAUCUGAAGGCCUUGUCUAG